AGAGGGACUUUUAUGAGGACAGCAUCCUUAUAGGAUGAAAUACAUAAAACUGGCUGUAAUAGAAGCUGUGUUAAUAUCAGCUAUAUUAUUUAUUUUAUACGAUACGCUACCUGCAGCAGAAGAGCCACUGUUUAGACCAUAUAACAUCCUCGAGGCGUAUAAUCUUCACAACGAAGUGUAUAAACAGCCAUACACUAACAAGAACCCACCUUCUAGGUCAUUCGAAGAGCCUGAUUAUGGUUUACUCAGCAGUCCACCGCCUAGCAGUCACACAUGUAACACUGAGCAAACACCAAAGCUGUUUAUUGGUAUUUUCAGUACACCAGAAAAAUCUGAUAGGAGGAGUCUCAUACGCACAUUAAUGUCGAACUACUUCGAUAGAAUUGAUAAGUCUAUCCUCGAUUACAGCUUUAUUGUCGCACAGUCGAGUGAUAAUACAGAAAAUGAAGAAAUACUCAAGGAAUCAGAGCGCUUUGCUGAUAUAAUGAGUUUGGAUAUACCAGAGAAUAUGGACAACGGUAAGACGUUCCAUUUUUACAAGCAUCUUCAUCAAUUACACGCAAAGAAUGAGACAUUCCAGCCACAAUUCGUGACUAAAUGUGAUGAUGAUACAAUGUUGGUCAUACCCGCACUGUUGAAUUCAUUAAAAGAGCUUGAUUGCAACCAGAACAUUUACUGGGGCACGUCAGCAGGAAGGUCACAGCAUUUCCCCGAGUACUUCAGAGGUUUGGCAUAUAUAUUAUCAUGGCCACUGGUGAAAUGGAUUGGAAACAGUGACAUAAGCACACUUCACCAACAGGGUAUAGAGGAUGCGAGAACUGGACAAUGGAUGCAGUCUUUAAAUUACAUCUACCCAAAGCAAUCACUUAAGAGAGUUGACAACCUAUGGGAUAUGGGUGACUGGAAUCAACUGGCACUGAAGGAGAGCACAUUGGCGUUGCAUUGGCAACAUUUCAGGUUGAAGCUCCCAGAAUGGUGGGUCAAACAAGCACAGCUCAUCGAUCAAGCUUGGAAACCCGAUUCUGAAAUGGGUCAAUGGCAUUGGCAGGGAUCGUACUCGCCAGACGAUGAGAAGAAGGAAAGGUAUAGACUGGCUAUAAUGGAUAGGAAUUCUGCUAGGGAGAAGGCAGAAUCUGCCGGCGAAACCUUCGAUGAAGAGCUAUACAAUGAACAGCAUCCUGAAGUCAAUGACAGUGUUUAAGAUAUUAAUUAUUCUCUUUUU